AAUGUGGUUUGUUUGUAUUGUCUCAUAGUAAUAGAUUAUUGCCACUGCUAUUAAUGUAUUCAAAUAUCACGUAAAAAAUCAGAAACAAAAUGAAAAUACAGAUUUUUCAUAUUGCCUAAAAUAUUCAACAAAAAUGCGCUGUUGUGUAUCGUCUUGUAACAACAACAGCCGCUUUAUAUCAAAAUCUUCAGGCAUCACUUUUCAUGUGUUUCCAACAGAGCCAACUGUGCGUAAGGCAUGGUUAGUAGCCCUGGGGAAAGACAACUGGUCUCCUAGAGAGAGUACUGCAGUGUGCUCAACACAUUUCGCCCCCGAGGACAUGUACGAGACUCCUGGUGGAGUGCGGAAAGUGAGGCCCGGUGCCGUUCCUGUGUUACAGCUGGUGUGCAGGAUCUGCCUGGACACGGAGAGCAGGUUGGUGAACAUGGUCCACUACAAAUUGGACGAGGCAUUCCAGCAUUUGACUGGCAUUAUGGUGUACGGAGACAGUCUGCCGCAGCAGCUGUGCAUGGAGUGUGCGCACCGGCUGCUCAACUGCGACAGCUUCAGGCGGAAGAGUCUGCGGGCACAUGAGCUCAUGAUGGACAUUAUCGAUAAGGAAGCUGCUCUAACCAUUGAUAGCCUGAAGUCAAUAGACCGAAGCAACAAUAGCUUGGCAACACCACUACGAAUAAAACACUUCGAAGUCGACAAAUAUGAUUAUGAAGUGGAAUUCGUGGAGAAAACUGAGGAGGAGCUGAAACACGAGAACAAUCUGGAGAUAUUCCUGCCCGCUGUCCCCGACGAGGUGAUAGUCAAAGACGAAGUCGAAGACACCGUACAGUUCGAUGACAACAACUAUUCAACAGAUGACAGCCUACCUCUAGAAGUACAGAGGCGAAAGAAGAAAAAAGAGAAGAAGCAAGCGAAGAGAGUGGAGAAGAAAGCGGAGCCCGCUGAACCGAAGAUCGACAGGCGGAGAAGGCCGUUGCUGAACAGUGAUCUAAGUGAAACUCUGUUUACUAUUACUGACCUGACGUACGAGGAGCAGGUGGCGGAGAUCGAGAAAAGGCAGGAGAGCUCCAACUACAGGAACGCGGUGUUCAAGUGUACGGAGUGCUACAAGGGGUUCCUGGACGAGGACGCCUACAGCGCGCACAUGAUGAGGCACACUGAUGAAUGCGGCCUCCACCGUUGCAACAUCUGCAAGACGCGUUUCGCGCAACGCCACGCGCUCCGCAAGCACGUGACGGCGCACCACACGCAGCGGUACAGCUGCACGGCGUGCGCGUUCGUCACCACGCACCGCCAGACCGCGCGCCUGCACGAGCGCUGGCACCGCGGCACCCGCUACCGCUGCCCGCACUGCCCUGAUGAGUUCGUAAAAUUCACGACAUACAUGGGCCAUAUCCGCAUCAAGCAUCCGUCGGACUUCGUGUGCGCGCUGUGCGGGUACUCGUUCGUCAGCCAGAAGGGGCUGGACAUGCACCGCAAGCUGAAGCACCGCGGGGGCGGGGCCGGCGGCGCGGGGGACGGGGCGGUGGAGGUGCCGGCGGACGGGCCCGCCUGCGAGCGGUGCGACGUGCAGUUCGCGAGCGUCGACGCGUACCGACGACAUCUGAGCGUCUCGGCGAGACAUACUGAUGAUCCUGCGGCCUGCAGCUGGAGGACUCUCGCGCGUACCACAGCCACUUCCGGCGCGCGCACCCCGACAAGAACCGCACCAACUACCCCGCCAUGCGCACGCCCGCCAUGUGCGAGGUCUGCGGACGCAUGUUCCAGAGCGAAGCCCUCCUCCGCGAUCACCGGUGGACGCACACGGGCGAGCGGCCGUUCGCGUGCGAGUCGUGCGGCAAACGGUUCCGCAUGCGGCAGCGCCUCGUCGCCCACCGCCGCGUGCACGCGCCGCGCCGCCAGCACGCGUGCGGGCUCUGCGGGAAGACGUUCAGCACUGCGAGCAAUCGCCAGCGGCACAUGUUCAUCCAUACGGGCCUCAAGCCGUUCAAGUGCGAGAUGUGCGGCAAGUGCUUCAAGCACGCCAGCGAGAAGCGCGCGCACGUCACAUACGUUCACCUCAAAAAGCCGUGGCCGAAGCGCGCGCGCACCAAGCGCCCGCGUGCCAGCGAGACGGCGGCCGCGAGCGAGACGGAGCUCAUGUGGGACAAGCUCGACCUGCCGCCCGCCCCGCCCCCGCCCCCUGACAAGCCCGUCUACUAUAACCUCAAGAUAUAGUGACAUGUGCGAGAGAGAUAGCGGCCGCGAGCGAGACGGAGCUCAUGUGGGAAAAGCUCGAUCUGCCGCCCGCCCGCUCUAGAUAUAGUGACGCGUGCGAGAGAGAAGACAUGACGAGUGAUAAAAUGUAGUGAUAUGUGCAAGCGAGAUGAAGCUAUUGUCAUUUUCACAUUCAGCAAGUUUGGCUAAGUCGCAUCUUGGUAGACCUCAAGAUGAUGGUGAAAUAUGCAAACCCUUAAGAAUAAAUAUGCAGCAAGCUGCAAGAUACAGUAAAAGUGAUAUAUGAUAAGUAAUGCAUGAGGUAAGUCCGGUAACUAUUGAUUCUUCUAAGAUGGCAAGGCCUAUUUAAGAUCUUAUUUCUUGCCAUAUCUAUUUGAUGAAAUGCAUUGCUUAUGUCUGUUAUUGUAGUGCGCUGUGCGAAGCACUCCGUAAUUUGAAAUUUCUUACUUUUUUGUGUGCCAUUUAAUUUGACCAGUCCAUGAAUUUAAUUAAUUAUUCUUGAAUAUGUUUGUGUGCUUUU